AUGCCUGCCAGACGUACAGUGAACUCUUCGGGUGCUAGCGCAUACAACACCCCCUCUAGCUCACAGCAAAGUAGCACAAAGAACAAAAGAAGUCCACAAAAGAACGGUAUCUCUGACAGCGAUGGUGGAGGAAGUAGUGGUAAUUCGCCAAAGUACACGGCAUAUGUGAGGGAGCGAUCUUACGACGAUUUAAAUGAUAACCCUUUCGCAAGGGAAGAAGCCUUUCUCAGAGCGAUGUCGGAAUCAGACACCUGGGCCUCAACAUUUGUACCACAAAGUAGUAUCGAUAGUAUCUAUUCGGUCGGGAAAAACGACAUCGAGCCCUCCGCAUUGAAUUUUAGCGGGGAUAACACAAUCGGCUCUCGUGAUAUCCACAAUUCGGCGCCCAUAUCUUCCGUCACCGCGACUGCGACUGCGACUACGGCCAGUCGGAGAAAUGGACUGCUAUGGUUAUUCGUGAUAUUGUUGACAACACUGUUUAUGCUGAGUUUAUUCGAGAGUCCACUGAUCGAAAAAUACAUACCGAGCUUUCCAUCUCCUAUUAAAAUUCAGCUGUGGCCGGUAAAUAAUGCAACAUAUCUAAUACAAAAUAUGGGAGAGCGCGAUGAUAACGGCGGCAUAACAAAAGAUGGUAAAGGGGACAAUGAUGAGAUACUGUUAACAAUGGAUGACCUAAAAAAAUUGAUUGCAGCGGAAGUGAGAAAUUCAUGUGUGGGGAAAGGAGUCAAUGCACCUGCAAUUGGGCCUAAUCCGGAUCACGUCCGUGACCUCAUUUCUAAAGAGGUGAGAUCAUUUUAUAGAUCCGAUGCACAAAGAAUACGCGGUAAUAAAUAUUAUAACCUGGAUGCGAUCAUGGAUCUUGUACGUAAAGAGAUAUCCAAGGAACUUCUGGUUUUUUCACAGGACACCUUGAAAUUACCAGACUUCGCAUUACAUUCCGGAGGGGCAAGGAUUAUAAGCGCAUUCACGAGCGAGACAUAUGAGGUGUGGCCGGAAAAGUGGUAUUCAAAGAUAUUUGCACAUGUAUCAGGUCAAGGAAUUCUGCGUGGAAAACCGCCGGUCACGGCUAUAUCACCCGAGACAUAUGUCGGACAGUGUUGGCCAUUCCCGGGACAAAAAGGACAAUUAGCUAUUUUGUUAAAUAGGCGUGUUUAUGUUAAUGCUGUCACCUAUGAUCACGUCAGUAAAGAUGUUGCUAUUGAAGUGAUGAGUGCUCCCAAAGAAUUUGAAGUUUGGGGUAUCGUGGAUGAUGGCAAAAGUGAAAGGGGCAAACCAACAGCGAGUAAUGAAUUAGAUGAAGUUGAAGAUGAAAUAUUCAUGGAGUCAACUGAAGAAGAGUGUGGGAUACGCGAGGAUGGACAAUACAUAUCAGAUUGUGACAACAACGCAAACACAGCGCAGAACGCCAAUUCAAAAGCUUUGAGCGAUCUCGAUCCCUCUCUUGGAUCGACACCACUGUAUUUCCAUUUGGGAACUUUCAUAUACGACAUCAACGGAUUACCAGUGCAAACAUUUAAUGUGUCACAAGAAGUCCUCAAAAACAACAAACCGUUAUUCGAGAGGAGUUGA